AUGCCAGUAUAUGGUCCGGACGGUCGAACACUACAGAAAGGUGCAACGGUAACAAAUUCAUCACCACGGAAUAGUACCAUCAAUGACGUUGGUCAAUUGGAUAAGCGUUAUGGGCGAAGUUGUGAUUUCUUGAUAAAAUCCAAUAACGAUAAAAUACGUUUAUUUAACAAUCCCAUUGCUCAGGUUAGCUCGGAUAUCUUACGCAUUAGCGGAUAUACGAAUCAAUUCAAAUCAUUGUUGACAUCAGGGCCAGCAAUACGUAGAGAAUCCGGUCCUAGCUCACUUUUGCAGCAAGUGGACGAAGACCAAGCAGAAUUUUGGUCGACGCUUAAAAUGAAUAAAUGA